CCCGCGUGUAUAAACCCCACCUUCAGUCUCACCUACAAAGUCGGAUACAUGUCCCUUCCUCCUACGAUUGCCAUUGUUCUAAAUCAUUAGAAGGAAGAAGACGGAAAAAGUCGUACAGAAUCCAUAUCGACAAAACAUAUCCGAGAUCACCAAAGGAUCAACUGCGAUGGCAUCGAAGCUUGACAUCGAAACCUACAAAGGUAACAUCAUCAACAAUGAGAUCGUCCCAACACCCGAGACUCGCCAUUCUAUCAAUCCAGCAACCGGCAAGGCCCUGUACGAAGUGCCGGUAGCCCAGAAGGAAGACCUCGAUGUCGCCAUCAAGCACGCUAGGAUAGCAUUCAAAUCAUGGAGCAACACUCCCUUCUCUGAGCGUGCUAAUCUUCUCCUCAAAUACGCCGAUCUCAUUGAAUUCAACCGUGAUGAGCUGGAGAAGCUUCUCACAACCGAACAAGGCAAACCGCUCUCCUUGUCCCACACUGAAGUAGACAGCGGGCUGCACUGGCUUCGGACCUUCGCCACCAUGGAAAUCAAAGACGAGAUCCUCAAAGAAGACGACGAAAAGAUUGUUUACUCGACUUAUCCACCCAUUGGCGUCUGCGCAGGCAUUGUGCCCUGGAACUGGCCGAUCCUGCUCGGCUUGGGCAAAGUAGGGCCCGCACUCAUCACGGGCAACACUUUCAUCAUGAAGCCCUCACCUUAUACGCCAUACUGCGAUCUCAAGCUCGGCGAGCUGGCUGCUCAAGUUUUCCCACCAGGCGUCGUACAGGUCCUCUCCGGCGACGACAACCUCGGGCCAUGGAUAACGGAGCAUCCCGGGAUCGACAAGAUCUCCUUUACAGGAUCCAUCGCGACGGGCAAGCUGGUCGCCGCGAGCUGCGUGAAGACACUGAAGCGGUAUGUCCUUGAGCUGGGCGGCAAUGAUGCUGCGAUUGUGUGCGAGGAUGUGGAGAUCGACAAGUGUUUGCCGAAGAUUGCGAUGAUGAGCUUCUUGAACUCUGGACAGAUCUGCAUGUUGACGAAGAGGAUCUACAUCCAUGAGAAGAUCUAUGACGAGUUUAGGGAUAAGAUGGUGGAGUUCACGAAGGGAAAUAUCAAGACUGGUGCGGGGACUGAGGAGGGUGUCGUUGUUGGACCGGUGCAGAACAAGAUGCAGUUCGACAAAGUGAAGGACAUGUAUGCCGAGAUUGAGAGGAGCAACUGGAAGACUGCGUUGCCCGGAUCCGCUGAGCAGUUCGAGCAUGGGUACUUCAUUACACCAGCGAUCAUCGACAACCCACCUGAGGACUCUCGAAUCGUGCAAGAAGAGCCGUUCGGGCCCAUCGUGCCUCUACUGAAGUGGUCUAAUGAGGACGAUGUUAUUGACCGUGCGAACGCGCUGAAGACCGGUCUUGGUGCGUCGGUAUGGGCCAAGGACGUUAAGCGUGCUGAGUACAUGGCGAGACAGCUAUCGGCAGGAAGCGUCUGGGUGAACUCGCACUUCGAUGUUGCUCCUGAUGUGCCUAUCGGAGGACACAAGGAGUCAGGUAUCGGAAUGGAGUGGGGUAUCGAAGGUCUGAAGCAUUAUUGCAACAGCCGCAGCUUGUGGGUCUGGAAGAAAUUUUUCGAGUGAGCUAUAGCAACUGUGGCUUUUUUGUUGUGGACACCGUCGGUAGUAUGUUGUUGUUGUUGCUGCUGUAAGUACGUUUGCUGUUUUCAAG